GGGGCUGAUGUUAUGACACAUGAAAGUCACCGGUAAAACAAAAACAGAGGGCGCAUUUUUAUUUUUCGAGAGAGCUAAAGAACAGAAACAUGUGUUACACUUAAACAUGCUUACAGUAUAGUAUAUAUUAUACGGUUAAUCAGUGUUUGCUGAAACGAUACUUUGUUACGGUGUUACAAAAUGGCACGAAGCGUCGGUCGAAUAUGUAAGGGCUUUCAAAGCCUCGGCUCACUCUCAUCUAUACAGGCUCAACUCAGCCACCCGUUUACCAGCGUUUCAGUCAGGACUUCCUCAUGUACGGACCGUUAUGCAGACGCUGCCAUCGUUCCUUUCUUUCAAGCCCCGGGACUUCAGCCUGCCUAACUCCUCAUGGGGCUCAGAAAUGAUGCGGAUGUACGAUCAUUAUAACAGCCAGUGUGAGGUGGAGACGGAGGGAGGAGAGAAACAAGAAGGGAAGUGGCGAAGACUGCCAAGCUACAAUCGCCUCCUCAAGUAUGCUACAGGUGGACUGUAUCUUAGUAAGAUGAUCCAAUCAAACGCUCGUCUUUUUACCCGGCACAUCAGAGACCCGGGAGCAGCAUUUGAGUAUGUUCUGUUUGUUAACAGUGAGGAGCAGAAGUGUGUGUGCAUUUUCCAAGCCGGACACCUACUGGAGGGGCCGCCAGGACAUGUCCAUGGGGGGGCAAUAGCCACUAUGAUUGAUACUGUGACAGGGACUCAUGCUACUGUCCUUUCUGGACCUGUUAUGACUGCCAACCUUAACAUCAACUACCGCAGCCCCAUCCCACUGGGAAGCACAGUGUUGCUUGAAUCCUCUCUAGAUAAGAAGGAAGGCAGAAAAACAUUCAUUAGAUGUAGAGUGACCAGCACCGAUGGCUCUAAACUGCACUCAGAAACAUCAGCACUGUUCCUGUCAAUCACUGUCAGCCACCUACUCCUGGGAGUGUGACACAUACACACCAGCAUACCGCCAACACUGAAGCCACAACGUGUGUGUGUGUGCGAGUGUGUGUGUCAUUGAUUUGGACUAUUUUUUAGUGUAUACUUAUUUGCCAGGUGAUUUAAGAGAUGGCUUCUCUAAAUAUGACAUUGUUGACUUUUUAUCAUAUCUUAAUAUUUAUACAUCUGUACUGGCCAAAAUGUUAUUACAAACAAACUGUACAGUUUUAUGAAAUAUCUCUACUUGACUAUAGCUGCUUCCUGUUACUAACACAUCAACAGUACAAACAAACAUUAUUUAUAAUGUUAGGGAUUAUUUAUCGUAACUUUUACACUAUUGAUGGUUUGAUAAUUGCUGAAAAUGUACUGAUAAUGAAUAUUUUGUUUGUAUUUGUUCCAAUAAAGCCUUAUCUAUUGGUAUUUGAUCAAUUAAGAAA